AUGGCAAGCUCUUUCACAACCGAGGCUUUCUCGCUGCUUGGUGUUGGGAUCGUAGUCAUUGCGCUGAGAGUCAUUGCGCGCACCACAUCGGUGGGCGUGAGGAACCUUCAGUUCGAUGACUACCUCAUGUGCGGUGCCGCUGUCGUAUAUUCCCUCGAAACCGCAACGGCCUACACCGUUGGCGCCUGGUGGUUUGGCAUGGCGAACAACGGCAUGACGGAUGAGCAACGCCGAACAUUGGAUCCAAACUCGCACGAGUAUCACCUGCGCGUCGGCGGCUCCAAGACGCAGCUGGUCGGCUGGAGCCUGUACACGCUGUUGCUAUGGGUACUGAAGCUGUGCAUGUGCCAUUUCUACUCGCGGUUGACAUUGGGCAUCCACCACCUGGAGGUACGCGUGAAGAUCGGCUACGUCCUUAUAGCCGUCACCUACCUUGCGACCGAGAUGUCCGUCUUACUGGGCUGCCGGCCGUUCAGCGCCAAUUGGCAGAUUUAUCCUGAUCCUGGCAAUCACUGCCAGCCCGCCGUCUCGAAAAUCGACCUCUACGUUACUGUCAUUCUCAACGUCGUAACGGACGCAUACCUAAUGUCCAUCCCGAUGCCCAUGCUCUGGAAAGCGAACCUGGAGAUCAAACGGAAGCUAUCGCUGAUCAUGGUCUUUGGCGGCGGCAUCUUCGUCAUGAUGGCCGGCAUCCUGCGGUGCGCGUUAAUCAUCAAGGACCCCAUCAACGGCGCCCAAGCCGCGGGCAGCUGGGCCUGCCGCGAGACCUUCGUCGCCGUCGUCAUCGGCAACGUCCCCAUGAUCUACCCGCUCUUCCGCCGCGGCGUCGAGAAGGUGUACUCGUACUCGUCGUCCGGCCUGUCGCGCUACGGCGCCGCCUCGUCGCAUCGCAACACGGACCACUCGGUCCCGCUGAGGAGCAGCCUGUCGAAGCCGGCGAGGCGGGGCAAGCUGCGCAGCGUCAACGCGCUGCCGACGACGUACCAUGACAACGAUGUUGAGGGGGGAGGAGGAGGUGUGAUGGGCGAUGGGUGGGAUAGUAAGGAGAGGAUGUUUGCGACUGUUGUCGAGGUUGGUGGUGGUGGUGGUGGUGGUGGUGGUGAGGCGGCGUCGGCUUCGAGCUCGGUGACGGAUGCCGUUGUCAAGACGUCUACUACCACCACCAUCACUACCACUAACGUUGUGGAAGUGGAAGAGGAAGAAGAUGUGUAUGAGGAUGAACGAGAGCGGGUCGACGAUGUCGAGCGCGCCGCCGCCGCCAGUCGGUUGCUGAAGAGCGUGAAGGGCAGCGCUGCCGGCAGGAGGAGGAGCGACAGCGAGACGUUGGGCGGGAUCAAGGUCACCAAAGAGGCGACGGUGAGUUCGGAGGAGCGGGUCGAUUACGAUGGUGGUAGAGGAGGAGGAGGAGGAGGAGUAGGGAGAAGACUGUCUUAUACUCCCGAUGGCGUCGGACUUGCCGCCAUGCACCAAGGCAUCGCCAGGUCGCCGAGCCCGCCGCACGCCGGUCGAAUCAGCUUCUCUCACAACAGCCGCGUGGAUGCCAAUUUUGGGGCCAUGGAAAUGACUGUGACGAGCGUGAGCAUGUUCGAGAGGGAGGAGAGGAGCACCGAGUACACGGCACAUGUUGGGAGGGGUUGA